AUGGUCUACUAUGUUCGGUUCUUGAAAACCCCUCGAAUCCAGCAGCAGAAGGGCUCGGUCUCUAUCACCGCUCUGAUCUGCAUCACCACCGACCUGGGUGACUCAUUCCUAGCAGAAGAUGCGGAUCUGGUGGUGACGGCCGCGAAGGACAGUGAAAUUGUUUAUGAGAGCCAAAUAAAAUGGAAUGCCUAUAAUCGCGAACUGCCAAUUACUCUCGGCCCUCUGCCGGCCAAUUUGAUCCACAAGACUCUGUCCUUGACGAUCGAUACUUGGCCAGAGUCCCAACCCAAGUCCAUGAGUGAGCACCGUCUGUCUCCAUGGCCCUCAAUACCCCUGGUGGUGGGUGCCACCAGUGCACCCUUUGGACCUCAAUCCGCCCCGGCUGCUAAGCUUGUUCGGCGGACCAUUCAUGCCCCCGAGGCAGCAGAGCUGCAGGUGUGGGAAGAGACAGGAAAUAGCAUUGCCCGACACAUCUGGGAUGCGGGUCUCGCGACCGUGAUGUACCUCGGCGAGACUCUUCACCAUAUGUCCCAGCGAGCCCACGCCGCGAAGCGCGGCAAGGCUCCCACCGCGUGCACGAUGCCCGCGCUGGAAAAAGUCCUGUCCACCAGCCGCACCUCGCUCACUCAGGUGGUUGAGCUCGGCGCCGGGUGCGGGAUCGUGGGCAUUGGCUUGGCACAAAUGCUCGCCAACUGCUCGGUCCUCCUCACGGACCUCCCCGAGGUGGAAGAAAUUAUAACGCGCAAUAUUCAUUGUACCCGUCCCGGCGACGUGUCCAGCGUUAGGUAUCAAAAUCUCGACUGGGAGCAGCCCCCGGACGACCUUUUCUCCCAGCCUAUUGCACUGAUCCUGGUCUCAGAUUGCACCUACAACGCUGACAGUUUGCCCGUGCUGGUCUCUUGCCUGGAUCGAUUGGUUCGGACCUCCCCGGAGGCCAUUAUCCUGGUGUCGCUGAAGAGACGACACGACAGCGAAACGGUCUUUUUCGACUUGAUGCGGUCAGCCGGAUUCCGUUCUGUGCAGGACAGCAUGGAGAUUCCCUCGGAGCACGGACAAGUGGAUGAGAUUGAAUUCCACUGUUACAGCCGUGAUGCUCGUGUAUAG